AUUGUGAAGCAUGCCUAUCGAGUGGUAGCCCUGCAAUUCCCCGAUGACAUGCUGGCUGACGCACAGUGUGUGAGUGACACCAUCGCCUCAGGUGUCAAUGCCCAAAGCCCUGACACGCCCAAGGAAUCUGGGGAUGCAUGCCGUGUGUUUGUGCUUGGCGAUACCACAUAUGGCAGCUGUUGCGUGGAUACAGUGGCGGCGGAGCAUGUCAAGGCCUCUUUAAUUGUCCACUAUGGCGAGUCGUGCCAGAGUCUGGUCACCAAAGUGCCGGUGCUCUAUAUAUACGGACGCGCGGAGUUCGCCACGAACAUGGAUGAAACUGUGAAAAGUCUGAGAGAAAACAUCACUGAGGGGUCGCGCGUGGUGGUGUUAUACGAGUGCAAGUGGCAAUGGCGUAUGCAGGGACUAUGUAAAGCAUUGGCCGAGUUUGCGCAUGUGACAAUGUCAGUACUGAGGUCAGAGGCUACAGGGGAAGAAGACAACGCCACAACAGUACUGGGCAGACUCAUACCGUGUGAGAAAUCCGACGAGCCACACCACGAAGCGAACAGGGGAACGCUGGACGAGGCAUCCUCUAGUGAGGAAACCACGGAUGAUAAUGAAGGUGGUUUGUACAACUUCAGCGAUACGACUGUUGUAUGGGUUGGGCCCCAGGGACGUACGCUCACAGCGCUGAUGCUGAACAUGCCGUCUGCCCAUCGGUUCGUGUCAUACAACCCACAGACGCAUGACUGCCUUUUGGAGGGCGCCACGGUCAAUAAGUCAUUGAUGCGAAGAUACUUCCUGGUGGAGAAGUGCAAGCAGGCGCAAACUGUGGGCAUCCUGGUAGGCACUCUAGGCAUCGCGCACCACAACGAACUACUGGCACACAUCAAGACCAUUCUGAAGGCCGCCGGGAAGAAAUUCUACACAAUCGUAAUCGGAAAGAUCAAUGGGCCAAAGGUAGCGAACUUUCUGGAAGUGGACGCGUAUGUGCUGGUGGCCUGUGCCGAGAACUCGCUCGUCGAUUCGAAGGAGUUCAGUGUACCUAUCGUAACGCCGUUCGAAAUGGAGUUGGCGUGUACACGUGGCAGAGAGUGGCCCGGGCGACUGCGCACCGACCUGGAGGAAGUGUUGCCGCAACUGUCUG